UUUCUCGCUCUCUCUUUCCCACUCCCCAUCUCCCCCUCCCUCUGUGAAUAUAACAGUAUCUCCAUGCUUUCACACACACCACUCAGUUCAGCGCUGCAGAGGGGAUGGACACAGAGUGCAGGAGCAUACCACCAAAUAGUAAAUCAGUGUGACUGAGACACAUAAUACAACUCCUUCCCAGUGGCAGCGUCUAUGCAAAAUGGGUUGUGGCAAUUCCUCAGCCGCCAGCACCUCAGGAGGGGGACCUGCAGAAACCUCCAAAGAUUUGACAGAUGAGUCCUCACCAGACGAUGAGAAAAGAAGGAACUAUGGCGGGGUGUACGUAGGUCUACCAUCUGACAUGACCACCGUUGCAGGCAGCCAGUCCAAGUCCACAGACAAAAACUAACAGAUAUAGAAGGGAAUCAUUGACAUGCAUCACAGGACUGUAACUACAAUAUUCAGAACAUACAGAGACAUUACAUUUCUACGUUGAGAGGAGGAUUACUGACUCAUCUUCACAUCCCUGCCUCCGUAAGAGUGAGACAGACCGAAAGACCCUGGGGAAUCAGGCAGAUAUGAGGUCAGCCUGCUUGGGUCCUGAGGAAACUGCCUCAGAGUGGCACCGAGUAGACCCUCAAUGGAUGCCUUUGUCUGAGGAUUCUUUGCCCUUUCUGACCCUCACAGGAAGCCAGGCAGAGACGUCGGGUGGGUACGGGACGACUGUGGAUAUUGGGACCAACAUUAUGGAAUCCGGGGCAAUGUUCUGGACGAGCUCCUUGUGUUUAGGAAGAGAUGUGACACACACAGCCCAGUCACACUGAGACACCUCCUCGACAGGCUCUGUAAACAUUUAAUCCAAGUGCUGGUGUAGAUAGAUGUUUUAUGUGGUGGGAGGGAUAGUGGACCCACACAGUGGCUCAAACACAAGCAGUGCUAUUCACUUUUAUGAUUAUGGAGUAUUUUAGGUCACCCAGUUUUCAUGUUUUGUUCAGUAUCAGAUACUGUAAAUAAUUUCUGAGAUUCAUGAAAACAACAUUCUAUAACCCAUUUGGAGAUUGUGUUAUGUUAUUUUCUAGUUGGUUGCUGCUAUUGCUUGUUAAACCACUUGCAUUUACUGUCUAAAUACAAAUGGACCUACUUGUAACUUUUGGUACCAAACGGAUGGGGGACCUCCUGUGGGUGUACUGGCUGGUACUGUAGCCUGACUGUACUGUAGCGAGCAUCUGUUGUGUGCGUCAUUCAUGUCUGAGGUUAUUAAGUGUUGUGUUGUCAUUUAACCUGUGAAUCAUGCUAACAUGACAUCAUCAGUCUGAGUGGGGGUAAAGAUGCAUUGAGGAUACUACUCUUACGUUUCUUUACCCACAAAGGUCUGAACUGAUCUGAGAUCUGACGUCAUCAGAUUGUUAACAAUACAUGCAUUAUUACUCCAGGUUCCAGCAACUGAUCUCAGUGUUCCACAUACAGUAGCUCUUGUUGGCCAUUUUAGCAGCUGCGUCACCAUCCAGAACUCGUUGUUUUUUUAAGAGUUAAACUCUCCAAAUGCAAUUUGUAAAAUGUUGUCUUUUCUAUUUCUACAUUUCUAAAAUGAUUCCUUUUGAAAACUAAAUGUACACAUUUUAUUAUAACAUUUAAUUGGAAAGAUAAUCAGUCAAAAAUAAUCUGAACUACAUUGUUUAGCAAAGGUUUGCCUAAACAUAUAUUUGAAUCUAUAUGUCUCAUUAUGAACAACUGUAUCAGUGAAUGUAGUUGGAAACCAUAACACUGGCAGCAUAUUCACACGCCACAAUAUCUCCCCCCAGAGCAUGAAUUAGAAGUCUGAAGGGAAUAGAGAAUCCAUCCAAUGUCAUUCAUCUACAUGCAGUUCCUGUUCGUGAUUUAAUGUACAUACAGCAUCUUCACCACCACGACCAUAGAGUAACAGGGAAGUGGGCCAUGCUAACCAUGCUCACACACUUGAGAUUCAAGAGAUGUUUUGUUCUCUUCAAGCCUCAACAGAAAGGAAAUGUAGACAUCAAUGAAAAGGGGUGGUAGCCGUGUAGUGGCAGAGCAAAAACUGUGGGGUGCUCUUUAAAUCGGUACACAUCGCAUUCAUAAGCGGCCUGACACAGAUUACUGAAUAGAGUAGCCAGGGAGCGUAAUCUACAUUUAUAUUCCAUACACACACACCCCUCCCUAUUCUUAUAUUCUUAUCUCAAACCAGGUAGAGUGGAGUAGAGAUGUUAUUAUAUUCUCUACUCAGUAAUCUGUGUCAGGCCGCUUAUGAAUGCGAUGUGUACCGAUUUAAAGAGCACCCCACAGUUUUUGCUCUGCCACUACACGGCUACCACCCCUUUUCAUUGAUGUCUACAUUUCCUUUCUGUUGAGGCUCCAUCAGAAUCCUCUGGCCUUUGGCUUUCACAGUGCAACGCCGUUCCCACUGGGCAAACACUAGUUGAAUCAACGUCGUUGAAAUUAAUUGGCUGUCUGUGCCCGCCUUUUCAUCUGUUCUGGCCAACUCCUCCACACUUUUUACCUUUAUUUAACUAGGCAAGUCAGUUAAGAACAAAUUCUUAUUUUCAAUGACGGCCUAGGAACAGUGGGUUAACUGCCUGUUCAGGGCAGACUUGUACCUUGUCAGCUCGGGGAUUUGCAACCUUCCGGUUACUAGUCCAACGCUCUAACCACUAACCUGCCACCCUUGUGUAACACGAGGGUGAAUGUCACUGAGCUAAUCCUGCUUAAUUAGGAAGACUGGGAGGGAAGAGGAUGAAAAAAAGGUAUUCAAAAGCCCCUCUGGGAAAGGAAAAGUUGCUACAGAAGAUCAACACAGGAGUUGAUAGCCAAGCAUAGCUAGCUGUGUACGGAAUGAAUGUAGCUCUUAGGAGGAUGGAGAAAAGGUAUGAGAAAUUGUGUUAAAAAAGCAACGUCGGUCUUUUUUUUACUGUGUUGUGGUUCCUUUAAGCAUUAAGGCAUGAGGGGGGCGGUAUAUUGGCCAUAUACCACAAGCCCCCGAGUUACCUUAUUGCUAUUCUAUACAGGUUAUCAACGUAAUUAGAGCAGUAAAAAUAAAUGUUUUGUCAUACCCGUGGUAUUCGUCUGGUAUACCACUGCUGUCAGCCAAUCAGCAUUCAGGGCUCUAACCACCCAUUUUAUAUUAGCAUAUAGCUCAUGGAAGACUCACUGGUAUACUGUUCAUGGUGCUUCACAUGAUUACGACGACAGGGGAAUCGAUUACUUUGGAGUAAUUUGAGGCUAAAGCAGAUGUGCUGGAGGCUUCUUAUUCUGGAUGUAUCUCCUUAUGUACAUGUGUCCAUAAUACAUUUGGGAAAAGAGAAAACACAUGAGAAAACCACUGUAGAUGAUCACUUGAGAACCAAUUGAUGACCUUUUAUGCUAUUUACUACUGUAUGAGAUACUGUUCCUAAUCACUGAUGCUCCUAACUUGUUCCGGGUCACUUUGUGUAUACUCAGUACACCCUCAAACACAGUAAGAAGGACCACAGCUGCUUUAGAGAGUCAUUCUUGUUUAUAACCCGACAUGCCCUGUAUUACUUGUCCUAUCACUGAUCUAUUUAUGAUUAAAGUAUUUUCUAUUGUCUGCA